CGUCUGCGAAGGGAAGCCAGAUUUACAGCGGAGCAUCUGAAACCUCGACUGCAAUCAAACCCCAAAUUAAAGAUGAAAAUAUCGAGUCGGUGUCAUGCGGUUGGAUGAUUUGACCCGGGAAUGGAUUUAGAGGAGGCUUUCCAGGUGGUUGGAGAGUUCGGAAGUCACCAGAAGCGGAUGAUCACAGUGCUGGUGUUCCUCCAGAUUUACAUGGCAUGUCAGUCUAUGCUCAUCAUCUUAGUGGGUGCUGUGCCAGAAUAUCACAUAGAACCAGUCACCGAGGGUGUGGAUGGAGACGUAACCCAAAGUGUGAAAUUCACAGAGGAUGUCAACUCAAUUGUGACUGAGUGGUACCUGGUUAAACAUCAAGCCUACAAAGUGAAUUUGGCUGGAUCUCUGUUCUUUGCUGGUGUGCUGAUUGGAAAUGUCUUGUUUGGACCACUAUCUGAUAAAAUUGGGAGGAAACCUGUUUUUUUAACUGGUCUGUUUUUUGAGGUCUUGUUUGGUUAUUGCACUGCAUUAGCACCCAGUUAUGAGGCGUUUGCUAUGUCUCGGCUGCUGGUUGGUGUGAUGAAUGGAGGAAUGGCGUUGGUCUGCUUUGUUUUGACUCAGGAAUAUGUGGGAAAGUCCUACUGGGCGAUGACAGGGACCUUGACUAAUAUGACCUUUGCCGUAGGCAUCUCUCUGUUCGCUGCAUUGGGUUAUUAUGUUAGGACGUGGAGAAACCUUGCAACUGCUGCCAACUGUCCUGGACUUCUGCUCUUCCUGCUGUGUGUGACUUUGCCAGAAUCUCCCCGAUGGCUUUACUCUCGGGGUCACUCUGAGAAGGCCGAAGACAUUCUGCAGGAUUUCGCAUUGAGGAACGGGAAAGGCAGAAUUGUGGUGAAGCUGCGGCGGGCCUCCAGCUCUCCAAACUCAUCCAGUCCUGGGGUCUUUCAGCUGGUCACACAUCCCGUACUGCGCUGGAGGACGGUGGUGCUGAUGUAUGUGUGGUAUGCCUGUAGCCUCGUUUAUUAUGGCCUUACUCUCAGUGCCAGUGAGGAUAAAGGUAAUCGUUACUUCAGUGUUGCCAUGUAUGGCUUGGUGGAACUGCCUGCUUAUCCUCUCUGCAUGUACUUCAUUAACAAACAGUGGGCAGGCAGGAGGAAGUCAAUGGCCAAUUUUCUUGCUUUUGCAGGCAUAUCUUGUCUGCUCACAAUGGUUGUACCUGUAUCAGGGUCUUUAUUAAGUGCCACAUCACUGGCUCUAGUGGGAAAACUGAUGGUCAGUGCUGCUUUUAAUAUUGUGUAUGUGUACACAUCAGAACUCUACCCAACCGUGAUCAGGAAUGCAGGUUUGGGAGUGUGUUCAAUGUCUUGUAGAGUUGGGGGAAUUCUUGCACCAUUUGUACCAAGUAUGAAAUCACUACACACCUCCAUGCCGUUUAUGGUGUUCUGCUUGAGUGGGAUUUCUGCAGGCUGUCUGGGUCUUCUCCUGCCAGAGACUCUUAAUAAACCUGCUGCUGAAACGCUUGAUGAGCUUCACAGCCCCUCAUACCAGCGCAUCCUAGAACCACAGGUCCGCCUUUUGGAGGAAAAGCACUUAACUGACCACAAUGAAGAUGAUAGUGACUGAGAUGAGGACUUGUAUCUAGCAUACAUUCCUGCACACAGUUGACCUGAGCCAGUGUUUUGACCAUAGCCAGACUGAGUGAAAGACUGAUGGUGCCUUCCAGAGGAUCAGUUCAACACGUUUACCUAUCAGGACCAGAUACUCAGUAAUAACUCAUUCCUCAUUGUGUCUGACAGUUCCUGCUUAUUUAAUGUGCUUACUGCCAUUUGUGAAUGUUUUGUAGUGCAAAAUGUGGCAUUACAUUCACCAGCAUGUAAAUGUUAGCAUUCGAUUAAUAAUAAUGUUUACAAACUGGGUUUCUGUUAUAUACAAAGAUAAUUUCAGCCAGUAAUGAUUAAAACUAAAAAAUAUAUUCUGUCAUUAUAUCAUUUACUGCCUUUAGUUUGUAAACCACUCCUGUUGGUAGUUUUCUUUAAUGUAAAAUUUUACAGAAGUCUGUCAGGUGCGGCCAUUUUUUUUUUCUAGACAUGAGGAGAAAUUCACUGAAAACAGUAAAUCAGUAAUGAUUUAAA